UUCAUGGGCCAGGGAUCAAACCUGUGUCCUCUGCAUUGGCAGGGGGAUUCCUAGCCCCUGGACCACCAAGGAAGUCCAAAACCAGAAACCUCGGUGGGCUAAAUCAGGGCGCUUAGAAGGUCAAGUUGAUUUUGAAAUGAUCAUACUCCAUGGUGCACAGGGCAGCCUCAGUCUGAGGAGCGUUGACCGUGGGUUUUGUGGAGAGAGAAGCAGAAACAGACAUGAGGCCAGCCUGGAGGAGAGACCUUCUCUUGCACGUGUUCACCGUCACCUGAAUGCACUGGGGCUUCUUGUGGGUCCAAAGCCUUGACAGCCUGGACCUGCCUCACCACCCUCCCGCCGCCCCCUGCCUGGGCAGUGAGGACUUUUCAGCCACACACACCGCAGAACAGGCUCUAAUGGCCAGGUUCUACUUCACCGAGGAGGUCCUUCUCAGCGACUCUGCGAGUUACAGAGCUCACGGUGCCUGAUUUGGAGGGACUGUGCCAAUUUAUCUUCCCAUCAACAGUGUGUGAAUUCCCACUGCCAACGCUUGGUAUAACUGGGCUUUUAAACUAUGCCAAUUUGGAGAGAGGUCAUCAUGAAAAUGCACAUUAGAACAACAAUGAAAUAACACCGCACGUCUUCUAGAAUGGCCAACGUGCAGAAACUGCCAGCCCCAAGCGCCACUAAGGACGCGGAGCACCAGGAGCUCGCGUUCACUGCCAACAGGAAGGCGGACUGGUGCAGCCUCUUCGGAGAACAGUUUACUGAAUUUCGGAUUUGAGACUCACAUGUGAAAGUGUUGAAUUGGCCUGUUCAUUGUCCAAGAAGCCAGGCUGUUCGCAUACUGCACAAAUGAUCCCCAAGGAGAACAGUACAGUCGUGACUGAGUCCAUUCUUGCCGGGAUAACUGAUGACCCACAACUGCAGAUCCCACUCUUUCUAGUGUUCAUGCUCAUCUACCUCCUCACUCUGGUUGGGAACCUGGGGGUGGUCACGCUGAUCCUGCUGGACUCUCGUCUCCACACCCCCAUGUACUUUUUCCUCAGCCACCUUGCUCUGGCGGACUUUGCUUACUCCACAGCUGUCACUCCCAAAGUGAUGGCUGGAUUACUUGUAGGAGACAAGGUCAUUUCCUACAAUGCUUGUGCCACUCAGUUUUUUUUCUUUGCAGUCUUUCUCAUUAUGGAAAGUUCUCUCUUGGCCUCAAUGGCCUAUGACCGUCAUGCAGCGGUGUGUAAGCCACUCCAUUACACCAAUAUCAUGACACCAAGGGUGUGCGCCUGGAUUGUCAUAGGGUUUUAUGUCUUUGGUUUUCUGGAGGCCUCUGUGCACACUUGGAACACAUUCAGUCUCUCUUUCUGCAGAUCCAGUGUGAUUGAUCACUUUUUCUGUGAUGCUACUCCCGUCCUGGCUCUCUCAUGCUCAGACAGCAACAGAAGUGAGAUCGUUUUAUUUCUUUUGGUUGGCCUCAAUGUUGUCUUUUCUAACCUGGUCAUCCUGGUCUCCUAUCUGUUUAUCUUUGUCACUAUUCUGAGGAUGCGCUCAUCUGAAGGGCAUCAAAAGGCCUUUUCCACCUGUGCUUCCCACCUCACUGCUGUUUCCAUCUUUUAUGGGACAGCUUCCUUCAUGUACCUAGAAACUGGCUCCCGCCAUUCCAUGGACACAGACAAAGUGGCCUCUGUGUUCUACGCCAUGAUCAUCCCCAUGCUGAAUCCACCAGUCUAUAGCCUGAGGAACAAAGAGGUCAAGAAGGCGUUAAAAAAGGCUGUGGGGAAGGCAAAGUCUUCUAUAAGAUUCAAAAUUUAAUUAAAUAGAAACACAUUUCCUAUGUACCAAUCAAGCUAGGGAAAAUAUUGACUUGUUAGACCAACAGUUUUAUAAAUUAUUGAUGUACUUUCUCAAAUCCUUUACUAAGUGUAUGAUGCAAAUGGCUUACAAAUAUGAUAUCUCAAGAAACAUAGUUUAGGUAGUAUCAACCUUGAACUCAGAUAUCUUAUAUAAAAUUUCUCUUUAACUGCAUUUCAUUAUUUCAUAUGAUCAGCCCACUCUUAUUUCAUUCAAUGUAUA